CUCUCUCUCUCUCUCUCUCUCUCUCUCUCAGUUCUGCUUUUCUUCUUCAGUAAAGAUGCUUCGGACGGUCCGUGAUCAGGUCAGAAAACAUCCUGGACUGGUUCCACAGUUCUUCUUCAUCUGUUUGGGAAUGAGUGGAGCGUUCCUUUAUUUGUUUCGUCUGGCAAGAGGACCUCAUGUCACCUGGAGGAAGAGCAGUAACCCGGAGCCGUGGAAUGAUCUCAGCCCGACUUAUCAAUACAAGUUUGUGGCCAUAAACACGGACUACAAAAACCUGAAGAAGGACGGACCAGACUUCUGACAUCUGAACGUGUCAUGACAGUAAAAGAACUACAAUGUUAUGAUGACUAGAUUCCAAAAACAAAAGAAUAAAAUAC